AUGUUGCCUUCUCUCUCUUCAUUGGCCUCAGUAACCAACAAUAACACUCAACAAGUACUGUCAACUUCAACAGCCAUGAGCUCGCGUCCACCCUCUAACACUAAUCGCAAAAAGGAUCUUGUCAAAAAGGAACUUGAUGUCGACCAAUUACUUCAGCCCUCACAAACAUCGUCCAAAUUUGCUACGAUAUUCGAUUUGAACUCUCCUCUCACCAACUCAUUGUCAAGAGGAAUUAUUGAGACUUCGCCAAGUGCUGCUGGAACACCAUUGAGCAUGGAUCCUCACCGUUUCCAUGAAGCCUCUCCACUGCAACAUUCUCCAUCCACGACUUUGGCGCCUUAUAUUUCUGAUUUUUCUCAAGCUCAACAAGCUCAUAAUUCAAGCAGUCAUCUUAAUACCAGUAGCAGUAUCAACAGUAUUUUAGGUGGAGGUCGUUCUCCAUCAGGUAUUCCUCUUUCUUCUUCCAUUCGAUAUGUCUCUGCAACAACAGGUGGAACAUUAACGGGAGCAUCUACCAACAGUACAAAUGGAGCUUGCUCAAUUCUUUUACAAGGAAACAACAGCGGAAAUGUUUCAAAGACAUCUUCAAUGCAAUUUCCUCCGUUAACAUCAGCUAGUGACAUUCAUAUGCCAUUUAAUCUUCCAACUCCAACAUUCUUGAGCACUCCUAAUACACUCUUUUCAAACUCGUCAUCAUUUACUGGCUCAGUAUCUGGCUCAAAUGUCGAUAAUGGAGUGUCAAAUGAGCCUCUUCCUUCAAUUGUCACUGCUGAGGACUCAAUACCAUACCGCAACCAACCACCUCCUCCAGUGCAACCUCCUCUCAAUUCAACGUUCGCAACUGAUCAACACCAUCCUCCUUUUGACCACCAAACAUCACAUCCUCAACCUCAACAAACUCUACCACCUCUUCAGCAACAAGGUUCUGUGUACACCAAAUCACCCUCAAUUCCUUCGUCUUCUUCACUGCAUGUCAUUAAACCUUUGAAUUCACCUGCAUCCUCAUAUCAUAGUCAAAGCAACGAUUCUGGAAACAAUGUCAAUGAAGCAAAAGAAAAAACCACGUAUUGUUACUAUACCUGA